ACCCUGAAAAUGAACUUCAGGAGGAUUUUCCUAGUCAACUGCUUGCUGCUUUUAUUUCCCAGUGUAAAAUGUGCUGUCACCAAAUGGAUUUAUGUGGCAGUGAAUGACUCGGUGGUUCUUAGUGUUGCUGCUGCUGGGAGCAUACAUGAAGUAACGUGGUUAAGAGACAAGAAAUUACUUCAGAUAAAAGAUGGGAAAAUCAAAUAUUACGUUAACAAGGACGAAUGCAGAUGUAAGAUACUCCUGAAUGGGACUCUGCAAAUCCAGCAGCUGAUGAAAAGUGACGGCGGAAAGUACGCAGUCCUUGUUUAUGACCGGGAUGGGAAGCUUAAGGCAGAAGAGGAUAUAAUGCUCAUUGUUCAGGAACCUGUCCCUCAGCCAAACCUUCGUGUUGACUGUAUUAAUAAAUCCGUAUUGGUGACAUGUGAGGGGAAGCAGAAGACUGAGGACCAUAUGUUUAUGAUAGAGGUGAUGCAAGAUAAAAUCAAAAAAAUCCAAAAGAACGCGACAAAGGUGGAAUUUCAUACACGUUAUUCUGGGACAUUCAGAUGUGUGUUGAAGAACCAAGUCAGUGAAAAAACAGCUGAGAAGAAAAUCAAGUGUUCAGGCCAGCUGGACCUUUAUCUCAUCUUAAGCAUAGUAGGAGGCGUAAUCUUUGUCGUCUUCAUGAUUUUGCUUAUUUAUUGUAUCAGGAAGAAGAGAACAGAAAGGCUUGAAGAAGAUGAUGAGGAGAGAAUGAAGCAAAUUCGCCAAGUGGACACAGAAAUGAUGGUCCGGGAGCUCCCUCAGCCUCCAUCCAACCCUCCCGUGAAGCAGCCGCGUGUGCAGCAGAGGCCUCUGCCACAGCCACAGAUGCAGCAGCAAGCAGUGCCCCCACGGCCCAGGCCACGCACUCAGCAGCAAACUCCAAACCGCACAAGGGAAAGACCUUAAAUGGCUGCCCUGGGCAUGAUGGAGGACUCUUCGCACCAUGAUUCACUGGAAAAAGAAAGUUUCUAAAGUCAGCAACCCCUCCUGCCCUAGGCUUGCAUAAUGCUUAGCUAUGAAAUGGCGGCUUUGGUUGCAGAAAACUAGAGAGUGCAUCAAAUGACUCCAGGUGGAGGAGAUUCAUAGUGAUGGAGGUUCAUACCUUUGGCUAUUUUUCUUCAAGUGACUCCAGGCUAGGGUAUGGAGCACUGAGCCUUGAAAUCUGUGUCUUUCUAUAAUUCACUUGUUUUUAUUGCACCUCAUUGUCUUCCUGUUUUUUGGAUGGAUUAUAUCAAGAAGGAUCUAAAGCUC